UGGAGCAGCUCAGGCACUUCCGGUGGGGAAAGAAAAAUGAUGCCCACAAUCGAAGAAGAGCUCGAGCGAAGAUCCUUACUCUACAGCCUCCUAAUGCCCGUAAUGACCCAAUUCGUCCCAGGCCUCGAAAAAGGCAAAGCCAUGUACCUCCUCUUCAUAAAAUCCGAGACAAAAACCCCAGGCGGGCUUUUAGCCCGGCCCGUCCUCACCAGCUACUACAAAAGCUCCCAUUUCAAAGACAGACCCUUCGACCCUUACACAAACUACACGAGCCCGAACGAGACCAUCCUCUGCCCGGACUCCUACCAAAGCAUGUACUCCCAAAUACUCUGUGGGCUUUGCCACAACAAAGAAGUCCUACGAGUCGGGGCAGUUUUUGCAUCCGGGUUUAUUCGGGCCAUCCGCUUCUUGGAAAAGCAUUGGGCCCUGUUCUGCCAUGAUAUCCAUACUGGGUCAGUCAAUUCUUUAGUAUCCGACCCGUGUGUCAGGGAAGCCGUGAUGCGGGUCGUUAAACCCGACCCGGAUCUGGCGGACUUUAUUGAGUUGGAGUGCAGGAAGGGUUGUUGGCAGGGGAUUAUAACCCGGCUUUGGCCCAAUACUAAGUACGUGGAUGUUAUUGUGACGGGGACUAUGUCUCAGUAUAUCCCGACUCUCGACUAUUAUAGCAACGGGUUGCCGCUCGUGUGCACGAUGUACGCCUCGUCUGAGUGUUACUUUGGGGUUAAUCUGAACCCGCUUUGCAAGCCUAGCGAAGUUGCGUACACGCUUAUACCGAGCAUGGCGUAUUUCGAGUUCUUGCCGGUUCACAGAAACAGUAUUGAGAAGGAACAAAACGAACUGGUUGACUUGGUCAACGUCAAGCUCGGACAGGAGUACGAGCUUGUUGUCACUACUUAUGCCGGACUGUACCGGUACAGAGUUGGGGACGUGCUUCGUGUGGCGGGAUUCAAGAACAAUGCGCCACAAUUCAACUUCAUAUGCCGAAAGAAUGUCGUGUUAAGCAUCGACACUGAUAAAACCGAUGAAGUCGAGCUCCAAAAUGCGGUCAAGAAUGCGAUUACGCAUUUAGGCCCGUUUGAUGCUAGUUUGGUUGAGUACACGAGUUAUGCGGACACUGGCACUAUUCCGGGACAUUACGUGCUUUAUUGGGAGCUCGGUCAAAAUGGGCCUGUCCAAAUUCCUCCUUCGGUUUUCGAGGAUUGUUGCCUCACGGUUGAGGAAUCACUCGACUCUGUGUACCGGCAAAAUCGGGCUUUUGAGGCCAUUGGCCCGCUCGAGAUCAGGAUUGUUGGGCCCGGGACUUUUGAUAAGCUCAUGGAUUAUGCAAUUAGCCUUGGGGCGUCUAUCAAUCAGUAUAAGGCCCCAAGGUGCGUUAAGUUUGCGCCGAUAGUCGAGCUUUUGAACUCGAGGGUCGAGUCGAGUUUUUUCAGCCCCAAGUGCCCAAAGUGGACGGGGCCGGGCCUGAAGCAGUGGAGCAACAAUAUUAUGAGUUGAGGAAUUUGGUUUAUUAAAAAAAAAAAAAUGUUGCGGAUUUUUUUGGUAAUUUUAACUAAUCAUUUUUAUGGUUCUCUCUUUGUUAAUGCUACUCAUGUAAUUUCACCUGUUGUGGAUUAUGGUAGAAUGUUUCAUUUUUCACCGAGUAGCCCACUAGCCCGUGUACUAAUUAAUAAAUCAGAUCCUAUAAUAAAUAAAUAAAAAAAAAAUGUUGGG